CGGGGCCGUCGACUGGGCAAUUCACUGAGAAAAAAAAAUCGGACUUUCGGGUUUCUGACAAGUGCAAUCUCAUCCACCGAGCAAACGGAACGGACUUUGAUACUCCAGCCUCACCUACGGAGCCGGAAGGAAACUUCGCGACUGGGGUCAGCUCAUACCGGUCAUCUCACUUUUCAGCAGUCACAUACACACGCAUACUCAAGUGUGACACCGGGAACGAACAAGAGCUCCGACCAUAGCUAGCUCUCACACGUCAUACAUCCAUCCAAAGCUCUCAUCAUGGCCACUGUUGAGACUCCCCAGACCGCCGUGCCGGGCAAGGUCCUCGGCCCAAUUACGCGGUUCGCCGCAGGCCCAGGAACGCACGUCUACAAUGGAAACGUCGUCGCCUCCCUGCUCGGCGACGUGACCGUCACAGCAUCCACCAAGGCCCAGGCCGGCCUCACGAAGCGCCUCAACCGCAUCACGCCGCUGUCGCCCGAGGAGCUGGCGACCAUCUCCGUGGCGCGCAAGGGCGCCAGCAAGAAGCGCGAGAUGCUUCCCGACGUCGGCAACAUGGUGCUCUGCCGUGUCGUGCGCUUGAUGCCGAAGCAGGCCAUUGUCACGAUCCAGCAGGUUGGCGACACGGUACUCCAGACGGAGUGGCAGGGCGUCAUUCGCUCUCAAGACGUGAGGGCGACAGAAAAGGAUAAGGUCAAGAUCUAUGAGAGCUUCAAGCCUGGUGACGUGGUGCGGGCGCAAGUGGUGAGUGAUUCUCUGCAAGACAUUGAAAUGUGACUUGUGAUGGGUAGCUGACUUGAUGUAUCAGAUUUCUUUGGGAGACCAGGCCA